CACGACUUGAUGUAUAAACAGAAAAUCUUGAUAUCCAAAUUUAAUUUAAAUAUCGUUAAUUUAAACAAUAAAGGUUCAGUCAGGUUGAGAAAACCUUUGACGACAAGGCCCUGGAAAGCAAAAAGUACAGAGCUCAGCUCACAGCAUCGCUCGGUCAAAUGGCAAAGGACAUGAAUGAUCAAUGGGACGAGGUGGCAUUAAAAUUGGUCGAUCUGCACUCCAAAACGGACGAAAUGGAAGGGAAGUUGGAGGGGCUGGAGUCUGAAAUUGCCAGGAUCGAAUCAAAAUUGGAUGAGCAGGAAUUGAAAGUGCAAGAGUUUGAGCGAUUGCAUGAAAAGCGAGCAUCCAAUCGGAAAAUAAUACAAGACAAGCACACCGCAUUGGCUCUUGAAAUAGAGAGUUUGUAUAAACAGGAUGUUGAUUGCCUGAAAACCCGCGUGCUGCAUAGGUUGGAAAACGGAAAGAAAUACCAUUUUUCGGCCGUCAAGCGGGACUGGUAUGAAUCCAGAAAAUACUGCCAAAGUAUCGGAAUGCAGUUGGCGUCGCCAAAGACUGGAGACGAUCUGCUGACGUUCAUUGGUGGCUGUCUGCAUCGAACGUGGGACGAGAAGCAGGUGACUUAA